AUGCCCGACAGACACAGAAGCGAACCACCCCAAUCACUAGCGGAUGAGCAGAAUCCAAAGUCACUGAGACGCACGGAAAGAGCCAAUGAUGAGCAGGAGAAAGGUAAUCGAAAUGGCCCUCGUCAUGUUCGUCGAGGAUUCCUAUCCUUUCUGUGCUUCGUCCCAGCAAUCGAAGACCCGCGACAAUACCCCGCGGGACGCAAGUGGUUCUUGACGGCCAUAGUGGCAGGGGGAGGACUGGUUGUGCCUCUGAGCAGUGGUGUCUUGUUCCCCUGCCUCAUCAUGAUCGCCGAGGAUCUUCACACGACCGUCUCCGUGGUGAACCUGUCCAUCGCCUUUGGCUCUCUCUCCGUCGCCAUCACACCCCUCUGGUGGUCCCACCUGGCAGAGCUCUACGGCCGACGACUAGUCUACCUCCUCUCCUUCUUCUUUCUCGACCUCUUCAGCAUCCUAGCCGCGAUCAGCCCCAACAUCGGCAUGUUCAUCUCAAUGCGCCUCCUCACCGGCGCCGCCAGCGCAUCCCUCCAGGCCGUCAGCGCCGGUACCAUCUCCGAUAUGUUCGACGCACAAGAACGAGGCAAAGCGAUGGGUGCGUUCAUGCUCGGCCCGAUGCUCGGGCCCAUGUUCGCGCCCAUUAUCGGCGGCGCCCUGGUCACCCGGUGGAGCUGGCGCAGCACGCAGUGGUUCAUGGUGAUCUAUGGGUGGGCUGUGUUUUUCAUCAUGGUAUUCUUCAUGCCGGAGACGGCGACGAAUCUCGAAGAGAAUCAGCGGAACGAGCGAGCUAAGUCGACAAGAGCGACGAGAGUUGUAAAUCUCUUGCUGAAACCCGUCCAGGAAGCUACCUUGCUGCGGUACCCGCCCAUCCUCAUCACCGUGUAUUACACCAGCAUCGUCUUUGCAACGUACUACCUCAUCUGCGUCUCGAUCGAAGAUACCUUCGCCCUGCCGCCGUACUUGUGGAGCUCGGUCAUUGUCGGUGUGGCGUAUAUCCCCGCCGGGCUGGGCCUGCUGUCUGGCGCGAUCAUCGGCGGCCGCUGGCAGGAUUAUAUCAUGAAACGAACAGCGCGGGAAGAGGGGCGCUUUGACGACGAGGGCAAUCUCAUCUUACAUCCUGUUGACCGGCUCGGCGAGAACUGCCUGCUGGCGGGUAUGCUCUUCCCGGGAGCAUUGUUGUGGUGGGGGUGGACGGCGGACAAGCAUGAAUUCUGGCUGGUGCCGUUGGUUGGUAACUUCUUCUACGGCUUUGCGGGAAUGAUCCUCACCAAUGUGACCAUGACAAUGCUGACCGAGUUCACGCCGAAGAGGUCGACCAUGGGCGUUGCGGUGAACAAUCUCAUGCGGAACAGUCUGUCCUGUGUGAGUGCGGUGAUUGCGCAGCCUCUGUUCGAUGCUAUCGGUACUGGCUGGUCCUUUACAGUAGUCUGUCUCUUCUGUCUGCUCAGUGGGAUACCUCUGAUUCUGUUGCGGAUCAAGCGGGACGAGUGGAGUGCGAGGAUGAGGGUGGCUCUGGGGGAUGUGCAGUAG